UGGUCAUAUUUCUUGCUCCUGGUUCUCUCUAGUGCUUGCGCAAGUCGUCUUUCCCCUCUUUUCCGGUCACUAAAUGACUGCUCAAGUGCCGACUUCUCACAACACUCACGAUGGCAUCAGAUCUCACAAGUCAGCUCGAACAUGCGGCAACAUUGAUUGCAUCCCAGGAGCAAGAUGAAGAACUUGUCCCAGAUGGCCAAUUCUGCCGUAAUAAAGAUUUUCUCAAAGACGUGGAUCCGGAAACCUGCAAGUAUAUCUAUGCUGUAAUGCUUUCGGACCGCUCUGAGAGGGCGAGGCGGUUCUCCAUGGCAAGUGAAGAAGUGUUGAUGACCAGAGGCAUCGGGACCAAUACCUCCGGUCUGAAGGAUGCGGCUACUCUAGGCGCCCUGGCUGUAUUCAAUGUUCUCAAAAGUGAUCCAAUGAGAGGAGUCGUCGUCAGCAUGUUUGGAAGAGUUCUACGGAGGCAAUGGGAGGUUGCAACUCCUGAUACCGAAUCAGAGGCUCUCGAUCGAGCCGUGGAGUAUCUCAGAAAGGCUGUUGAAUUUGGUCCUCGAGAUCAGUCAAACCGAGCAUUGCAUCUGGAUGAUCUUGGGGAUAUUCUGACACAAAGGUACAAGGCCAGUCACCAGGAAGCGGACUUUCAGGAUGCGUCUGUUGCAUUUCAUGAUGCGUUGGCAACAGACUUUCCAGGGAAACCGAUUUUCUAUCUUGGCCUGGCAAAGCUGCAACAGGAAAGGGCCUUAUUUGAGAAGGAAGAUCAGGAAAGCUUAUUUCGCGACAGUAUGGCCACACUCCAGCUUGCCGAGGAUUCCGUCCCAAGCCAAUUCGACUCGACGCCAUUUCGAUACACCGUUGCAGAUAUCCAUCGUGCUCGCGCCGCAUGUUUCGUUCACUUAUACGAUCUGAAUCAAGAAAUCGAGAACCUCAGAAAGGCAAAAGCGUCUCUUAACAGGGGUCUUGCAGUUUCCGAUGAGAAGCGUUCAAAAGAUCGAUUCAAUUGUCUCAUCAACCUCGCGUCGCUACAGCAAAAGCUCAACGAAGAGCAGAAUGUCAGAGAUCCCUCCGCAGAAAUUGGCUAUCUGAGGCAGGCCCUUCGUGUUCACCCGAACUCGACAGAGGCGUUGGAAGAAUUAGCGAACGCACUUGGUGAGAGAGCUGAACAGAACAAUCACCGGGAAACACAGGAGGAAGCAGACAGGCUUGUGGAGCGAAUGAAUGAGAUCCAGAUCAAUGAACCAUCUUCAAAACCACCAGCUCGCCUUAUUAGAGAGGCGGGUGCUCAUGAAGAGCAAUUCAGCAAAACUGGAUCCUUACAUGAGAUUGACCAAGCCAUCAAAUGCUUACAGGAAGCCCUCGACCACCCAGAUUUACAAGGCCAUCAACAGAUCAACUGUUAUCAACAACUCGCCAUAGCACUUCUCCUCAGAUUCGAAGCGAGAGGGGACAAAGACGAUCUGCGUAACGCUUGCCAAGCAAAUCUCGAUGCACUUCCUUUCCUUAACGACCUCGAAGGCCCGAUGAAAGCUCGUUGCUUGAGGGCUUCUGGGAGGACUGCUUUUGUGUCAGCUCAGAUUCCGGGACAAGAGCGGUUCAUCGACGGUGCUUUAACGGCAUUCCUUGCAGCGAAGGACCUAGCGUCACGGACAGACCCUCUUUACCAUACUGUCGCGAACGACAUUGGAAACGCAUACAUCGUCAAAUGCCAAUGCACUGGCGAUGCCAAACUUCUGUCUCAGGCCACUGAAGCAUAUCAAGACGGCCUUGAUGCCUGGAAGGAGCAAGGAUCUUCUGAUAGCGCUAUGAGCAUCAUGUUGACGCAUGGCAUUGGAAACACGGCCAUGUAUCAGUUCAAGUUCUCGGGAAGACUGGAAGAUAUCAACACAGCCAUCAAAUCCUUCGAGAAAUGCCUUGACUCAACCGGGCCUACCGAAGUUCGAGCUGGUUCUCGCACUCGAAGUCUGAGCCACGCUCUUCAGUUGAGAUACAAUGACACGGAAGACGUCAGGGACGUUGUAAGAGCUGGUCAAAUUGUUGAAGACGUUCUAGGCAGAAACCUCAGUCUUCCCCCAGUCGAGAUCUCAGCAUUGCACAAUAUGCUGGGAACAGCAUAUCUUCGCCAAUAUCAUCGAGACGAAGAUCUGGGUUUUCUAGCGCAAGCUGAGAAAAACUUCAACAAAGCUCUGUCUUGUGGUUGCACAGACAAAUUUUACUUGUUUUCAGCACGGAUUAAUUUGACGCGCACACUACAGUAUAGAGCCAAGAAGACACACAACCUGCGAGACCUUCGCGAUGCUCUUGUCAACUUCCAAGAGUGUAUUUCAAUGGGCGGUAUGGACGACAUUAAUCGUGGAGGACUUUUGAUCAACCAAGCAGAAUUAUUCAUCGCGAUCUAUACUGUUAGUCCUGCUCCAUUGAGUACCGUCGCUGCAAAUGCCUACCUGAUCAUGACGGCUCAAUUCUCAUCGGCACCGGGUAUUGCUCGUCAUGUACUAGCCUGGAUGAAGGUCUACGCUUCCAUGUUUGCGCAUGUAGUGGCAAAGGAUUCAAUAGCUGCAAGGAACUAUAUCCGAGAAGCAGCCGAGGAUCUUCCCUUUGCGGUAUAUGCCUGCACUACCCGAGCUGAUCAAUUACGCCAAGCUAAGAAGUUUCAAGCUGUGCCGACACUUGCUCUCUGCUUUUCGAUUGCCGCUGGAGAUUCGUUAGUUGAGGCCCUGCAGCUAUACGAGAGAAGUCGAUGUGUAUUAUGGGAGGAGAUCCUCAACAAGGGCGUUGAUUCUGGUUUGGAUAAGCUCAACGAAGUCUUUCCAGACCUUGCACGUCGGUUCAUUGAAGCGAGGAACUCUGAGAAGGUUAAGGGUCAGCGUGCAGCUCGCUUCGACCUCGACAAGAGGUUUCUGCAGAGUCAGACAGCCUUCAACAAGUCGACCUCGUUUCAGGAACUGAUAGCCGAGAUCCGAACGAAAGAAGGGUUCGAAGAUUUCUUGAGGCUUCCUCGAGAAUACUCGCACUUUCAUGAGCUUGCUGAGACUGGUCCAAUUGUCAUUGUCGAAUCGGAACCUCUGGCUGGGGGCUACGCUCUUAUUAUUACCUCCACGGAGAUCCAGAAAAUCUCGCUUCCGAAGUUCACUGUCGAUGACAUCAGGGAGCACAAACAACUCUUUCGCAGUGCCAUUGAUAUGUCGAAUGAUGGAGAUGCGCAAGGUGGGGACCUUCUCCAUUAUCUACUCACAUGGCUCUGGGAAGUAGUAGCAGAACCCAUCUUGCUCAGCCUCGGGUAUAACGGGUCUCCUAAAGACGGAGAUUUACCCAGAGUCUGGUGGUUGACGACGAGCAGCAUUAAUACUUGGCCUAUUCAUGCAGCAGGAGAUCAUCGUCGUGCAGUUGAGACAGGCGAGCCUUGCACAGUGCUUGAUCGGUGCGUUCCAUCUUACACAAACACCCUUCGAGGCUUGUCAUUUGUGAGGGGGCGGGAGAAAGAGAUCAUGCAACAAAGUGGACAUCAAAAAGCUAUGUUGGUCAAGAUGGAGACAACAGACCACCUUCAGCCACUGCAGCACGCUUCAGCUGAGGUUGAUACCAUCAACACAAUCCUGACCAGCACAGGCUUUCCCACGACAGUCCAUGACCGUCCCGUCCGCAAAGAAGCGCUCCUGGGCCUCUUAGACUCCCACAUCGCCCAUUUCGCCUGCCACGGCAAGGUCGACGACGCAAACCCAGCACGCAGUGGCCUUCUCCUUCGAGAUUGGUGGAAACAAGAUACAAAUGGCGAAAUCACAAGAGGAAACGUCCUCGACGUUCAAAGCAUGAUGUCAGCACCAAAGAAGUUAAACUGUGCUCUCAUAUAUGUAUCUGCAUGUGAGACGGCUAUUACAGGUGAUCCAAUGCUUCCUGAGGAGUCGAUCCAUCUUGCUGCUGGGUUCCAAAUGGCGGGUGUACCUUGUGUAGUGGCUAGUUUAUGGAAAGCAGAGGAUGAGACUUGCGGCCUUGUCUCUAAGGUCUUUUAUGGGGAGUUGUUGGAAGAAGGGAGGGGUAUUACGGGAGAUCGGUCUGCUAGAGCGUUAAGAUUAGCUGUUCUUGAACAGCGUCAAGCUGGAGUUGAUCCGGGAUUUUGGGCGACUUGGGUUCACUACGGUCCUUGAAAGUUAGUUCAAGGAGAAUCUAAUUGAUAUCUGGUGCUUCUGGCGCGCCUUGCCCUAUUGUCCUUUAGAAUAAGCAACCCUAACGUUAUCCUAAAUUUAGAGGACUAUGUCCUAAGUUUUGAAAUCUUUAUUUACCUUGAGAAG